AGAAGCGCGGACGCAGGAUGAGCCAGUUCGCGGACCACGGUAUUGUGUCGGUCUGCGGGAGGAUCCGAAACGUUCCCCUGCUGGAGCUGCUGGCGGAAUACAUGGACGCCAACAAAUGCAUUGACGAGCUUCUCAAACAGCUUGAGGAGGAGCGCCGAAAUGUCCGAAGGGAAAAACUGGCCGUGGCUCGCCUGCAGAGGGAAGUCGCACGGAGCAAGAGCGAAGGAACAAUGCGAGAGAAGCUGAUCCACGAGCUAGAGGAAGAGCGACGUCUGCGACUGGAGAGCGAGAAGCGUCUCCGGGAAGUGACAGAGGAGUCGGAGCUGGGACGGGCGCAGAUGUUUUCACUGCAGCAGCAAUUCUCCAGGAUGGAAGACACGGUGCGUUCGCUGCUGCAGAAUCAGGGCGUCGUGGAGCAGACUGCUGUGGACACGGUGGACAUCAUGAAGGCUUACAAGGAUAAACUCUCCGAGGAAGUGCGGAAACAGUACGAGGGCCCCGAAGAGAAUGGCUCCCUGCCGUCGACUCAGACGCAGCCAGACCCCGGGCUGCCACCGAACGCCGAUCCUGAUGCCAGCCAAGCAGAAGAGGACAAAGAAGAAACCAAACCCCUUCUGGAUCGUCUCAAGGCCCUGGAGGAGAAGAACUCUGCGUUGGCCUCGGAGAACGAGAGCCAGAGGGAACAGUAUGAACGCUGUCUAGAUGAGGUUGCCAAUCAAGUCGUGCAGGCGCUUCUCACCCAGAAGGAUCUGAGAGAGGAAUGUCUGAAGCUGCGAACUCGAGUUUUUGACCUCGAGCAGCAGAAUCGGGCGCUCGGCAUUCUUUUCCAGCAGCGCAUCAAGCCCGCUUCAGACCUGCUUCUCCAGAAACUCCACUCACGAAUCAUGGAUCUAUCUGCAGCAGAUUUGCUUCUGGAGCCAGAGAGAAGCAAGGCCUUCUUGCUUUCCAGGAAUACCGACUCCCCCUUUAGUGAGGUUCAGUUGAAUGGAAAGGCAGGUCUCCCUUUGGCCAAGUGUCUGAGCCAGCUGAGUCUGACAGCGCCAGCGCCUGUAUACCCACGUAGCAGCUGUAGCAGUAGUGAGUUGUCCCUGUCAAGUGCAUGCAGUGAAUUCUCCAGCGGCUCCUACACCUGGAAUGAUGGACGAUCCUGUGGGAAAAUGUCAUCUCUGACCUGGGAGAAGAGACGGAGUUUGGGUUCGUCAGCGCCGAGUAAUAUCUGCGCACCCCCGGAGGAGCCCACAAGACGCAAGGAAAGCAACAUACUAGAGGGACUGAAAAAGCUCCAGAGGAGGAAACACAGGAGCUCCUCUGUUUCAUCCAAGGUCUCCAAGUCAGGGGACAAAGACUGCAUGAACUCCAAUGAGGGCAUCUACUCCCUGGGUAUCAAGAGUGGAAGUAAAGGGGUGUCCAAGCCUACCCAUAUGGGCAGAACUUUAGUUGUUGGGGACAAGAAGUUUUCUUUUGAUUCUGAUGAUGCAGAUGAUGAAUUGGCACAUUCCAGUCGAGGAGAUAAUAUCCCCACCAAGGACAACUGGUUUUACUGUAAGAGGCUCUCCCGCAGCAUUUCAGACAGUUUAUGUAGCUGGGAGGGGAUACAGGACAGUAGAGGUGGAGGUGACGGUAGCUUGGUGGCUUCAAAACUCCUUUCUGGCUGUGAUUCAAAAGAACGUCCUGAGAAACUCAUGAGUUUCAUUAACAGUUUUCUCCCUGAGGGAGGGCGGGCAUCAGCUUUUACGAAACCAUCCUUUAUGCACUUCAAGCCCUCUAACCCAGAGGCUCCUAAUCACCUCUCUGAUGUGGAUGAUCCAGAGGAACACAACUCUGAGUCGAGUGACAGCCGAAUGUCCUUUAGCCAGCCACCCGAGCAAGCAGAGAGGGACUCCAAGAGGGAGUCAAGAGAUGCUUCCAAGCUGCUUGCACAACAGUGCUUGCGAAGAGAGCAGGGACGCACCCAGUCUGCAGAUGGGAGGCCCAGGCCUUUCAGCCUAAUUAAGGAGCCCAAAGGGGCUAUGUGUUCUCAGUCUGAAGAGAGCAUAUUGGCUAUAUUUGAUGCAGAAGGAGAGCCUAUUGAACUUUGUGCUCAGAAGCUCACAGCAGGUCCUGGGCCUCGAAAUAGCAUUCAAAGUAGCAAGGAAGUUUCGGAUUACACAGAACUAGUGCCCGAAGAGAGACCAACAAGGCAAAAAUCAACAAAUGCAAGAAACUACACUGUUCUUGAAUCUCCAGAGAAGCCAUCUGAAUUUCAAAUAAGGUCUUGCAAAACAAGAAACAGGGAGGGCAGUGCAGAGAGGCUGCCAAUGCAGAUGACUCCUCAAAGGAAACUAAUCAAACCACCAAGCAGCCAACCUAAUAAAGGCCAUUCUAUGCCUCACAUGAACGAUUAUGCUGCUCCCAAGUCCAGUGGUUCAAAGAUACCUGGUCGUAACAAACCUUCAGGAUCCCCACUGAGAUUGUUUAAGGGCACUUCCACUGAACCAAGUAACAGUGGAAACUCAGGUCCCUCAGGUCAGGAGAAAUCCCCCACCUCUCCUGCAGUUAAAAUGUCCAGGUUCAUCAAGACACAAGGAACCUGCUCACAGAGCCCAAAGGCAGUAAACUCCAAGGUCUCCAGCAGGGCCGAAUGGAGUAAGGGCUCCUCCUCCAGUUCCCCACACCUCUCGAGGAGGCACCUGGAGUAUGCUGACAAUGGUGAACAGCCAACCAGAGACAAACACUGUGAAACCAGCAAAAAUAAACUCAGGUCCCCUUCUCCUCCCCCUCCCCCGGGCCGCACCACCUCCUUACUGAUCAGACCAAAUUACGAAGGCUCGCCUCAAGCACAUAAAACAUGGGUGGCUCAAACAUCCACACCAACCACUGUGAGGGGCCCUCCCCCAAGUUACCACACCUCACUUCUACCAAAUAUGCAAACUACGCUACCCAUCAAGGAUAAAGACUGUUUAGACUUGGAUGCAGGCUACGGGACUGCCCUUGCACCUCAGAAACUGGUUGAGAAAACCAGUCAGCACCUUCAAAAGUCCUCCGCCAUGACUCAGACACCCACAAAAGGCACUUCCAAGAGGAUGACCACGAAAGACUACCUCCCUUCUGCAAACUCAGGGUGUGCUCCAGAAACUGAAAAUGCACCUAAAAGCUCAAAGAAUGUCCCUCCUCCAUACAGUGCCCUCAGAGGGUCCUCACUUCAGAACGCUUUUGCAAGUAAAAGAGGAUCAACCCAUGAAAAUAUCCAUCAGACAGUGCAGAAAACUUCUAUUAGUUUACCAAUAUCGCUUCAGGACACCCCUCAAGGUAAAACAGAACCCCAAAAUGGUAACGCUGUCGUCAGCCCACCCAGUGCAGUCAUGCUUUUCCCAAACACAGCAGAUAAAGCCUCAAAGACUCGCAUCCCCAUGGGGUUUAAAGCAUUUUUAAAAUCUCCCCCGAACCAUAAAAAUAGUCCCUCUAUACCAGGCAAGCAAGAGAAAGAUCAUAUCAACUCAGUCUCCAAUGAGACUGUUACUUCAAAUGCUUCUACCCAGUGUGAUAGCUUGCAGCCAGUACAGUACAGUAAGGAUUCACUUCCCAAGAUGUCUGUUACAGAGGGGAAAGGUGAGGUCCAGUGUAGAUUAUUGGAAGAAGAUGUGCAUGCUGUGUUACCAGAGGAAGGGGAGGUUUGCGAUAAAGAAAAAAGGAGUAGUCAACUUUUCUCUAGAUCCAUAUCUGUUUCUACCAAACCUCAUCUAAAGCCGGCCUUGGGAAUGAAUGGGGCCAAAGCCCGUAGCCAGAGUUUCAGCACCAACUACAUAGAGAAACCCAACAUCAAUGUUCUAGAUGGACCAGGAAAAAUCAGAACUCAGAUCAUUACCAACUCAGGUGAAAGGGGAAACUCUUUGUCAAGGCAGAGUUCCUUGGAGGUACCAAAUGUUGGGUUGGCAGAGAGCCCUGUCCAUUCCCCCAGGACUAGGCUUAGCCACUAUGGAGGCAUGACAGGGUCAAAUAGUCACAACGUCCUCCCUGAGAGAACUUCUAAAUCAGGCUCCAAAGGUGGCGGCUCACAGGGCACAGUGAAGGGGGAGGCAAUCACUUCACCUUCUCAAAAAGAGGCACGUAGCUUACCCAUCAGUGAUAGGAUUGGUUUAAACAACAUCCGUAAGCCAGCAAAAGUUGUCUCUCAUCCAGAGUUUCAGCCUCCCUCCUCUUGUGUCCAUAGUUCAGAAAACCCAGAGCAAGAAACCAGAGACAUAGACUUUAUCAGGGAAGUCAAAACCCAGACAGACUCUUCAGACACGGAGGAGAAAAAGAUCAGCCCAACAGCCUGCACUAUUGAAGAGAAAGUCAUGAUGGGAAUUGAAGAGAAUUUACAGAAAUGUCAAGAACAGGAGAAGGUCGCUGCCAGCGAGACCAAACAAAAAACAGGCCCCUCUCUGGCAAACUGGUUUGGUCUCCGUAAGAGCAAACUUCCCGCUCUGAGUGGUAAGAAAGCCGACUCCCCCAAGGGAAAAGAGGAGAAGAAAGAGUCGAAGAUCGGAUCAGUGCUUGGAGGCAAACAGAUGAAGUCAGACAAGAAGAAGGAGAGGAAGAAAAAUGAUAACCAGCAGAGAGACAGUCAGGAGGGGGAGAAUCAGUCUGAGAUGAACAACAAGCUGAGCUCCAUCAUGGACCACUGCAACAAUCAGAUGGGUCAGAUUGCCAGUCAGAUCCAGUGCACGACAGCGUUUAUCGGCAAAGACCAGUUUGUGAAAGAGCUUCUUGGCAGGACUAGUGUGAAGGGCAACUGUGAGGCUGCGUCGCCGCCUGGGAUCUCCACACCCAAGAAAUACAACGAAAUGAAGGGAGAUAUGGAGAUCUGUCCAGAUUCUGCUACCCUCUUAAUGACUCAGAAGAUCAACCUGAGGGCUGAAAAUGAGGAAGGACGUAUCCCAGAAACAGCUUGUCAAGACCACAUGAUAGACUCCGGCUGUCAGAUGAGAACCCUGGACAGCGGGAUCGGCACCUUCCCUCUCCCUGAUUCCGUCACCCGGGCCAGUGGUCGCCACAUCCCCAAAUCUGAAUCCAGCCCCGAUAGGGUGACCGCUGCCUCCUCUGACCUCGAUCGGCAGCCUCCCUCUUCUCACCCAAACCCUUCACAACCUGAUGUGAAAGUGCCUUCCCUCUCAAAAACCCGCCUGCAUGCCCCUAGCAGCAUAGGUCACUCCCUGUCCGACCCCAGUGUGACCUGCAGCAACAACACACAAGACACCCAGAGCCGCCUGCCCAAAUUAGCAACUUCAGAUGCAAUCAGGACAAGGAGGUUCAGUCUUUGUGCUCCCCUCAGCAACAUCUCCACAGAGGACAAAGAGAAGAAAACAGAGAGGAAGAUGAAAGCCCAGGACCAUGAUAUGCCCGCUGAAAGAGCCCUUCAAGUGUGCACAUACUCGGGGAGCAGCAGCGACACCGAGACUGAACCCGAGGGAACCGGAAGCUCUCCACAGAGGACCCUGAUCCUCAGAUCUAAGAAGAGUCACUCAGUAAACCCGAAUGAGGAGACCCUGAAGAGAACCAGUGUGGAGAAAUCCUUGUCAAUCAUGGACUACUACCAACAUGAUGUGUAUUCGCAUCUGGAGAAGGACAGCAGGAGGAUUUCCCAGUACAACUUGUUGCACAAGGAGCCAUCCCUGGAAGGCAAAGCAGGAGACAGACUCAGUAAGGAGAUUUCCACGGAGAAGACGCCUGUUAGUGCGCAGCCGGCCUCUCUCGACUUCUCUUUGGAGUCCCUGAACAAGCUGAAUCACAGCGGCUCCAGCAGCGGCAGCCUGUAUCCGGACACGAGCUUAGGCAGCCGCAGGGGUGACUGCCAGGCCGAUGCGGGGAAGAGCGGGGAGGACUGUUGCAAGGUGGACGAGCCCUCCUCCUCCAGCUUCUCAAGCAAGCCUGGGGGGGAUCCAGUGGGCUCCCUGAGCGACUCGCUGUACGACAGCUUCUCCUCCUGCACCAGUCAGGGCUCCAACGAAGUGUAGUGGCAAAGAGUAAGAAGGCUGUCGCACUCGAUCCAGAUUAUCUCUUGGACGGGUCAAGGCCACUUCUUCUUCCCUUUAUUCUCUUCUGAGUCGAUUUUCAGGUAGAUAUUUAGAUCUGUUGAAUCUAAAGAGCCUCUAAGAGUUAGUUUUUCCAUUUGCAAGUAAUUGGACUUGGUUUGUUCUGGAUUUGGUCUCCCUUUUGGAUCUGGUUUUGAUUCAAAUUCGACUUGCAACUCAUUUUUUAGUGACUCAGACUGGACUAACACGGUCUUACCGCCCCGCCAACACAGGUGGAGCACUGUCCUCUCUACACACAACACAAAGCACUUAGUGGAGCUGGAGACACGAGGAUGAAACCUCGACCCAAACACCAAACCAGAACUUUUGAUAGUGUGACUCUGGGUGUGGUGGACUGGACAGCGAUACAAAACGUUGUCUUAUUGCAAUUGUUUCUCCGCAAUGCUGGGGAACUUCUUAUCAUUGCACUGUAACAAAUACUGUACAAAGUGUGUAAGGUGGAAGAUUAUUCAAGCAGCAGGGCUUCUUCUCGGGGCAACGCUGAUGGGCAACAUUGGCGUACAGUUGCAACAACAUUGUUGCUUUGAUUGCAUUCCUGUUUGGUAAAUAGAUUCAAACCUAAGGUGUCAUUUUAUUUUUUUUGCUGCUAAGUAUGUUGCCCAUUGAAGUUGCCCAGAUAUUGUAAUGAUAAUAUAUCACAGCCUAUAAUAAUGCAACUGGUUCAUCUUUGUUCACUUCUUUUUUUGAAGCUAUAUUUUUAAAAGUCACAACAGGAUUUAUUUUGUUAUUCAUUUCUAUUUUAAAUAUUUUUUAAAGGUAAAACCUGAUGCCAGCAGUUAUGUUGCCAAUAACGGCAAACGGAACAGAAAAUAGUGCGAAAUGUUCAUUUUCAAUACUCAGUUUUAGCAGCAGGUUAUCUAAUGAUGUCAACUAACGCAAAGCAUAUUCUGUUUCCACUUGGUACAUCGGUACAACAAACAACCAACGCACCCAGUGUCAUUGUUGGUAGCUCAGGGAACAUACUGGACUAAUGUAGAUUGUAAGACAUCAGGAAAAUGUCGACAAAUACAAAUAACACUCAGUAAUCUUUUUGCUUCUUUGAGUUCCUCACGCAAAACUCCAAACUCCCUAGUUUAUAGUCACACGUAGCGUAGCAUACAUGAACUCUCCAAACCUCAGUUUUCCUUUCAUAGUUGUAUAUUAUGUUGUAUAAAACAAAUUGCUAUAAGUUAAUAUCAGAAUGGGCAUUGCUGAUUGAUAUAUGCAAGUGUAGAAGAAGAAAAGAUGUACAUUGUUUGCCAAUCAUUCAACCAAGGUUUUAAGUCUACUGUUUGAACAUGUAUCUUUUUCUUAUGGAAUUCUGUAGGGGUUCUUGUUUAAAGCAAAAUCUUUAUUUUGAUCAAUAAGAGCUAAUACUAAAAUAUUUUAUCACUUUAUUUUAAAGACAUAUUUGAACUUUUAGGUGAGUUAUGCCAAAUUUCUAUCUGGAAUUUGACCAGCUGGUGCUAAUCAACAGAGCCGACUGUGUUUCAAUUUUUUCUAUGAAACUGUUAAUAUUGUAUGAAGAGAGUCUGAUGAGGACUUGUGUAUUUUUCUAGAUGUCCAGUAUUUAUACCCACAUUUUGUACUGUCAGACUGUAGUGUGAUUGUCAUGCUUCACCUCUCUCCUUAAAUGUCCCUGGUUCCUUUGUAAAGAGAAUGGUUACCAGCAGUGUUACUUUGGUAAUUAUUAUUAAUGUUAUUAUUAUUAUUAUUAUUACUGUGUGCAAUUCUGUCUGUUACACCGGACUUUAAUGCUAUAUUUUAUGUAACUAUUUCCUAAAUAAAUAUGAGAAACUAUUUCCUAUUUCAAACUGA